GAGGAAGCUGGUUAUGGUGGUGGUGCUGGUGGUGGUGGACUUGGUGGUCAACAAUACUACAAUGACCAAUACGAAGGACGCCAAUCGAAAUAUGGCCGUGAAUGGGGUGAACCAGCACGUGCAGCAUGGUAAAUCCAAAGUGAACGAGCAGAUAUUUUUUACUGACUGA